GAGAAGAAACCAUGUGUAAAUACUGUAUUUACCAGUGACGUCACGAGGCUAAUGGGCGGGGCAUGUUUUGAACCCUUUUGCUUUCGCGACCUAGAGUUGUAUUUUGGGUGUUAUUGGCCCAUUUUACUCUAUUUCUUCGCUUUCUGGGGACUUACUCUCUGAGUGUUGAGAAUGGGAGGCUGUUUGCCCUGUCUACAAGGCCAGGCUGAUGACUACAUCGAGACUCCCGACCCGGAGGAAAGACGACAGCAGAUGUUAGAGGCCGCAGAAAAACGACAGCAAGCCAAUGAGUCAAGAGGACUGAAGGACCCAGAGGGAGUGAAACGGGCACAGAAGAGAAAAGCAGAAGCAGAAGAAAAAGCCAACAUAGCAGGACCUGGAGAAGGGGGCCUCAAGUGGCAGAUGGGCUGACCUUUGACCUAGAUGAGCAGUGUCCAAUAUAGAUUUCCCCCCGCCUGUUUUUGAAAUUAUCAAAUGCUGUGUACAGUUUGUGAACCUUUGUACCAUGAGAAAGAUGUGUGAAAGUGUGUACAUAUGUGUAUAAGGAUGAUUACUUGACCAUUACAACUGUUUUGUGCAAAUAGAUUAAAGCUGAAGAAAUUAUAAGAAAUGUGGCAAUAAGUUUGCACGAACCACCCUAAAUCUUGAGGUUCUCUUGUUAGAGGAGUUUGAACAUCCUAUCUCUUUGAUAUACUUAUUUCCCAGAAUUUGAGAUUUAAUGCUAAUUUGUUAUACUUUUGUCCAAAUUUUAUAUUCCUUUAUGUUGUCAUGCAGUUACCAGAAUUGGUUUUCCAUAAAUGAAGAUGGGAUAGCUGAACUUCUCUCCAUGUUGUCACACACACUCAGUCGCUAUCUGAUAGUGUAGAAUAAAAUUCUGUCCUAGGAUGGAAGGACAUAUGCUAGAGACAGUCCUGAGCUAAGCUAGGGACCUGUCUGUACAGAACUGUACAUGUAGUAAAAUGGGUGCCUCAAUGGACUAAGUGUGGGUGGAACUUGUCUAAAACCCUGGCAAACAAACACUGAAACAGCUCUACUACAAUGUAGUAUCCAUAGGAGUAGCUAGCCACUCUUUGCUGAAAUAGAUUGGUUCAUGAACAGACAAAGCCUAUGAACAAAAAGAAGGAUAUUGUUUUGUAUGGUGGCCAGAAUAUUUGUUGGGUGUAAUAAUUUGACAAUGAUAAGUUAAUUGUUAUCAACCUGUUUAUGCAGAAAUGUAUACAAAUUGACUUUUCAAAAAACAUUUCAACAUGUACAUUGUACAUCACACAUGGUCAAAAUGGAAUGGUAUGUUUGUUAGAUUGGCAACCGACUGCCAUUGCUUGAAGCUGAUAUGACUAUUGGCAUCAUCAAAUGUUGCUAUAUCAUUGGAAAAAGAUAUUUAUUGGGGUAUUUCUACCACUUUGUCUUGCCAUUAAGAAGUUGAUAUAAUUGCCAUGAAAGUGACAACAUACUAAGUAUUUAAUAGGGAACUGUGGGUACAUUCACAUACAUACAGUUUUAGGCCAUGCCAUUUCAUUUUCCUGGUUUUCAAGAUUUUAAAUACAUUUGUAAUUGUGAAAACUACUCUUCUUCUAAUGUCACAAAUGUCACACAUGACAGAAAGGGUGUGAUCCUUUAUCUUCCACUGUCUCAGAAAAAGAAGCCAAGGAACUGAACUGCUGUGGCAUUCCCAAGUGACACAAUACAAGCAUAAUCAUUACAAUCUCAAUGUACUUUGUGCGGAAGAAAAACAAACUACUGUAUUUUAUUGUAACAGUCUGUCACAUUCUGAGAUUAAAGAUGGAUGGGUUGUGGCUGAGGAUA